CUGAUUCCGUAGAUCGAGAGCAUCAGUUGUAGACUAUCGUUGGACCGGUGUGCAGCUUAUAAAACCGGAUCUAUUUAUUGAAAAUCAAUAUGAGAUUCUUUACAGUCGUCACCAUAUUUGUGCUUGGUGCCCUGGCUUUAGCCAAAGCUGUUCCGCUGUCACCCGAUCCAGGAAAUGUUAUCAUCAAUGGCGAUUGUGUAAACUGCAAUGUUCGCGGUGGCAAAUAGAGAAUUGUAGUUAAAUAAACCCUAGAAUGUAAAAUGCCUUUUUCCAUUUGUAAUAAAAUAGAAACAAAUUCUAAGCAUCCUACGACAUAACAUAUGGAUGUAUAUAAUUUGCCAAAAUA